CAGAAAACCGGAAGACCCUCUCAAAAAAAAUAACGGAAGACAAAAGGAAAAGAAAAAUCCUAGGGCAAGCGGCAAGCCCCCCGCACCGCACGCCACCCAAAUUACCGUCUAGCCGCCUUCCGCCGGCGCCCCAGCCGCCGCCGCCGACGAGCCGUGCCGUGCCGGACAGUAGGUCCGAGCGGAAGUGGCCAAGGCGCAUUAUCUCGGCUGACAAGUCAGGGGGGCCGAGGGGAAGAAUAAGAGGGAGAAGGGGCAAGUCAGCCCUCCCUCCCCGUUUGAUCGGAAGCAAUCCUCGCUCCCGAGAGUCGCCGGCGGAGCAACCGCUGAUGCGGCGCUCAUGGCGUCGGCGCUGCUCUCGUACCUCCAAAGCCUCUGGCCGCUCUCGGCUUUCCUGAGGCAGGACGACCUGAGCGUGUCCGAGCGGCUGGUGCGGGCGCUGUCCGUGCCGGAGGACACGAAGCAGUUCGUGUUCGCGAUCCGGGAGCCCGAUUCGCAGGGCUUGCUCUACAUCCUUGCGGCGCAGAACCUGUCCGAGCAGUCCGCGUCGGACGCCGACCAUCUCAUCAGGGCGGUGCGCCCCAAGGCCGUGAUCACGCAGGUCACGCACACGGCGCUCGACGACGUCCGGAUCGAGGAGAAGUGCCUGGCCGACGGCGGGGCAGGCGGCGUGCCGGCGUCGCCGUUCCAGGUGAUCAAAGGGUGCGUCACAGAGAAGAAGAGCAAAGAUGAGUAUGUGAAAUCUGCCGCGUGUCAGGUCUUGCAGGAGAUUUUCGGGGUCGGUUUCCACGGCCACCUGUUGGCUGCCAAGAGAGCAGCAGAGGAGACAGGAUCAUGUUUUCUCCUGCUCGGCUCUCCUUACGAGAGGAAUUGCAAUGCAGGUGGAUCAAGCGACCAAAAUGGCACGGAUGGCAGCUCGGCUCAGCAAUUGCAGAGUAGCUGCUUGCUCCCUCGGAGUGCCACUUCAAUAGUAAGCUCCCAUGAUAGGAAGAUAUGCCUUGCAGAUGAUUAUGGAGGACAGCUCAUGAAGUUGCUAGUUCCAACUGUUAAUUUGUUGAUGUCCCAAGCUAUCUCUUCCGAUGUUGUUACAGAGUGCAAGGUGUCCGAAUGUAAGCCGUCUGAUGGAUACGAGGCUCCACUUUUUGCACAGACAGUCUACCCUUUGCUCGCCGACCUUUAUGAUAUAUUUAUCAAAAUUCCGUCGAUUGGGAGGGCUAUGGCUUCUGCACAGAUGCUGCUCACUCAAGUUCACAAGGGGAAGCCGAUUUCCAGCGAGAUGCUUGCUGAUGUCUAUGUAUUUAGAAUUGCAAUAGAGGCCCUCAGAAUAGGUUUGAACAAUGCAGGAAGAUGCCGCAUUGACACCAGAGAUAAUCAUGGUCCAGAAAAGCUGGAUUUUGCAGAACUCCCUUCUGAGGAGAAGUGCCAUGUUCUUCUCGUGCAAGCUCUCAGAAGUCAAUUAAGGGAGUUCGGUUCUGUGGUGGCUGUAGUUGAUGCCAGCUGCUUAGCUGGAAUAAGGAGACACUGGAACACUCCUGCUCCUUCAGAGAUCACAAAGUUAGCUGGCGCGUGCUUCAGUCAUUAUGGUGACGAAAAUGAUGACGAUAUCAAUGAGCUGUCGUUGGAAGACGUUGUUGAUAAGAGGAGCUGGAUAGCUGAGAAACCUGUGGUCGCAGUUGGUGCAGGAGGAACAGCAAUUCUUGGGUUUUCAUCUUUGUCAAAAACUAUCCAGGCUUCUGCCAUCCUUAAGUUGGCUCCCUAUAAGACUCCAGUGGUCUUAAAGUGUGGCUUAAUGCAACUGCAAAGACAUGCAUCCGUUGUAUUUAGCAAGCUCCUCUCUCACGGACUUGUCAGUGCUGGUUCAAAGUCAUCUGCUUUUGCUUCAGCAGAGAAGAUUCGAGCCGUGACACACACAGUAAUAACAUCAGUGGAGAGAACUAGCGUGUUGGCGAUGCGAACGUCGUUCUAUGAAAUAAUGCAAAGAAGCCACAACCGACCUUUCAGAAUAACACCUUGGGCAACAUUUGGUUGUAGUAUGGCUGCGUGUGCUGGCCUCCUGAUGCAUGGAGAUGGGAUUGAGUGUGCUGCCGAGACGGCACCUUCUGUUCCCAUGAUUGCAUCCCUGGGCCGUGGUCUUGAGAGCUUGCGUCUCACAUCGCAGGAAGUGAGGCAAACAAGGGGCCAUAAUGUGAAGGAAGCUUUGCGAGCUUUGUUGAGCAACUUAAAGAAAUCAGCAAAAUAAAGGCUCAAUCAUGUGCAACUGAAACUGUAUAGAUUCCAUGAUGCGAUUUUGCCAUUAGAUUGAGCUCUUGUUAGUGGUUACCAUAUGUACAGUACAUUCUUCUUGUUUCACUGAUACAAGAAAAUGCUCGUAGUAAUAUAUUGUGUGCACUUCUAGCAUGAGCUUAGAUAGAAUGGGGACCGGAUUUGAUCAUUCGUAUUUGACCUUCUGUACAUAAAACUACAUAGCAUACACAUAAUUUGUUAUUCUAUGAUUUACCAA